GUUAAAAGAGGUGUUAAACAAUUAAAUUAAAAAAAACCAUCCAAAAAAUAUUAUUGGGCAAAUAAAAACCAUCCAACUAGUCAUUGCCAAAUCAAAUUGAACACGGCGUGAAAAAAGAACGCCAAACAUAAUUUUUUUGAAAAUAACGCCUAGGGGGCGGUUGGAAGGCGUUUUGGGGCGUUUUUUUUUGGGAAAAAAAGCCCAAAACCCCCAACUACGGGUGGUCUUAGUAUUGUUUUGGUUAAUGAUUUUGAUAAUUUGGGGUUGGAUUCAAUGUAUUUUAGAUUUUUAGGCCCACGUGGACCGACUCGCCUCAAAUAUCACCAACGCGUUUUGAACUAACUAAUGUUAGUGGAUAAGAUGAGAACUCCAUAGUUAAGCGGGCUUAGAUAGAUUUAGUACCAAUGAGCUCCUAGUGGUCAAAUCAAAAAAUAUUAAUAUUGGUGGUACGAAGUUGUCGCAAAGCGAACAAUAUUAAUCAAUAUUAUUGGUACUUGUUAGUGGACAAAAUAAAGGAAGAACUUCACAGUUAAACAUAGUAAGGUGAAAAUUUUGUGAGCUCCUUGUGGGUAAGGCGGAAAAUCUUAAAAGGACCUCGUGAGGAAAGCUAAAUAUUAAUAUUGGUGGUAUGAGAGACCGGAUGUUAAAAAAUGAGUGUGGGUCCCAUUGGGGAGGGUACGUGAAUAAACAGUAAUAAUUAUGAUUGUGACGGGGAAGGUAGUUCCAUAUUAGGUCAGCUGGAACCGUUCUGUAUUUGAAUGUGACAUUAUGUCUCUUCCUUUAUCAAAUCAGAAUAUACUUUACAUUAAAAAUCACAAAUAUCAUCUUCAUUAUUUUUCAUACAGUCAUGAGAUAUGCCAACAACAAGAAUCGGGGUUGUGAUUCUUUUAGAGCUGUCGAUUUGGUUGAUGAAGACGACAACGAUGUACCUCAUUGUGAACUGCCUGUAGCUCUUUCUAAAUCAGUGGAAGUUUAUGUGGCCCUUGAAAGUCAACUUUCAAUGGAUGAGCAAAUGAAUAGUCAAAGUUGCAUCAACAAGAUGGUGGAAAGUGCAGCUGGUUAUUCUAAAUGCAGUGAAAAAGAUGUGGAUAUUGAGAAGGGGAAGUCGGGAACGCCUGGAAUCAAUGAAGAAACUGUUGGUAGCCUAAAGAAUGAAGGAGGGCAGAUGAAACAGACUAGCUGUGAAAUGGGAGGAAAAUAUAUGCAGUUUUUGAUGAAUCACAGCCUCAUCUUACCCAAGUUCUCUACUCGAGGUGAGAAAGUUGCCGAGGCUCCAAGAAUAAGAAAGUACAAGCGUACUGCCUCUUUUAAUUCAAGAAAAGUUGCUCUUAUGUUCUCAGUAUUGUCAAGUUUGGGAACGAUUAUACUCAUAUACCUGACACUGAGAGUCAAACAGAUGGGCGAUUCAUCUAGCCGUUCUGAAUAAUAAUAAUAAUAAUCAUCAUUAUAUUUUGUAUUCGUUCACUUCGGGUGCUUCUUAUUUUGGAAGAAGAUUAGUUUUUGAGGGCUAUUUUUGCAUCCCCUAGAAUUAUGUUUACAUGUUUUGAAGCAUGCUUUGAUAUAGGCUGUAAAUAACUUGAGAUUAGUCUCACUUAACUCUAGAAGUUGAUCUCCACUUGUUUUAAAUCACGUUUGUAUAUAUUUGUCUAGAAGAUUAUAACGAGUAAUGAUCCGUUGUAGUUA